CACCCUGCUCUUCCCCAGAAACCUCUGGAGCUGGCUGAGAGCACCUGUCUGGAGCACAGUUGGAGAGAGGCUUUGCUGAGGGCCUUGGGAAAUGGUGGGGGCAUUGUUCGGGUGGGAGACAGCAGUCGGGACAAUGAGGGGCAUGCCCACGCUUGGGGUUUUGGCUCCAGAUACAGGUUGGUUCUUGAUAGUACCAGGCUAAAGUGUAUUUGCUGCUGGGAGACGAUGCUCGUUAAAAUUGCUGCAUGUGCUUGCCUCGGAAGCCGAAAGAGAAUCGCCCGCCGCAAAGGAAGGCGAGUCAUCCAAGCAAAGGGUCCUCCUCCUCUGAGAACCCCCCGGCCCCUGCAGCGCCUACUGCAGAGGACAAAGCCGCCCUUGUUAUCCAGUGUGCCUUCCGGCAAUAUCUGGCGCGAAAGGAGCUGGCCCGGCGUUGGCAGGAGCGUCGGGAGUACAUGGAUGAGAUGGACAGGCUGCAGAAAGAGGCCUACCUGGCCUUGGUGCGCCAGGAGCAGGAGGCGGCGCGGCGGCAGCGCGAGAAAGAGGAGGCGGAGGAGCGCGCACGGCGAGAGGAGCUGCAGCGUCGCGGUCGCCUGCUGGAGGCUGCUUUCGAAGGGGACCUGGGCGAGAUCCGCCAGGUGCUCAAGGAGGUAGAGCAGCUGAUGACCCGCGAAGGCGUGGGCUUCGACGAGGACGGCAAGGCUCGGCGGCUGCAGAGGCGCGUGGCCACCGUGGAGUGCGAAGACAGCCACGGGAACACGCCUCUCUCCGAAGCGGCGGCGGGCGGGCAGGCCAUGGCCAUCCAGCUGCUGGCGGAGCUGGGUGCCAACCCCAACACCAAGGUGGGCGCGGUGCGCGCGGUGCGCACGGCGGCGGCGGCGUGGCCUGGUCCCCGCACGUGCUCAAGGGAGCCCGUUCCGCAGGGCGACUUCGGCCGCACGCCACUCUACCGGGCAGCUUUUGGGGGCCACCUGGAAGCCGUGGAGGUGCUUCUGAAGAUCGGAGCAGACCCCCGGGUGUACGCGGAUGACGGGAGCACUCCGGAGCAGGUGGCCUCACUGGCCGCGGUGGUCAGUGUGCUGCAGUCCUGGGACCUGAGCCUCACAGAAGCUAUGCUCCAGAACAUGGAGGCAGAGCAGCAACGCCGUGUUCAGGAGGCCCAAAGGCACAAGGAGAAUGAGGCCAAGCGCAUCAACAUCAAGGUGCAGCAGCUGGCUAAAGAGCAGCAGAGGUGUCACAAGGAGCUCCAGCAGGCCUACUGUGAGCUCAAUCGGAGGAUCAUGGAACACGACAAGUGUGAGAGGAAGUGCAUGGGCAAGACUGAGAUCACACUCGAGGCCAUCAAGGAUGCAGAGGCCCAAGUGGACAGGUUGCGGCAAGAGGCACAGAAGGCCGAGGAGACACUAGCCAUGGCCAGGCUGGAGCUGCGGGAACAGACCCCGGAGGACGAGGAGAUGAUAGAACCUGGGCUGAGGUGCCGGGUCACGGAGCUCCACGACGUGCUGAUGAAGGAUGUAGGUGACCGCAUCCGUGCCGAUGGACGGUGGCCUCUUGUCAUCGACCCUUCAGGCCAGGCAGCCACUUUCUUGAGAUACCAGGACACCAACUAUGUGGACACCGUAAAUCCAGAGCACUUAAGACCAGAGAGGAUUCGGCUGGCUCUCCUGGGGGCACUCAGGUACGGGAAGCCACUGGUGUUUGACCUGCGAGAAGUGAACCUGUUCCCAGUAGUACAGCAACAGCUGGAGGCCGUGCAGCCUGGCCUGGCACAGGCUCUGUUGAAUCGUGGGCUGCUGGCAAAGGAAGGGUAUCUGUCGCUGCUUCGGCCAACAGAUGGGCCUGAGUAUGACCCCUCUCAGUUCCAAGAGGCUCGCCUAGAGAACUUCCGAGUCUUCUUUGUCACCCGAAAUCAGUGGCCACCAGCUGACCAGCUGCAGACCCUGCUGCCAGUGCGUGUGCAGCUGCCCAGUGGAAAAUUCUAGUCAUACCCCAAUAAAGCAUGAGCCCAAGGCAUUGAUACGCA